GUGUCGGCGGAGGGGGCUGUCACGGGGCCCCCCGAGAUGCUCGCGGUGCCGGUGCCACAGAUCCCUCAGUGCGCAGGCUGCAAUCAGCACAUCUUGGACAAGUUCAUCCUCAAGGUCCUGGACAGACACUGGCACAGCUCCUGCCUCAAGUGUGCGGACUGCCAGAUGCAGCUGGCCGAGCGCUGCUUCUCCAGGGCUGGAAGUGUCUACUGCAAAGAGGAUUUCUUCAAGCGCUUUGGCACCAAAUGCACAGCCUGCCAGCAGGGCAUCCCCCCGACCCAGGUGGUGCGAAAAGCCCAGGACUUCGUCUACCAUCUGCCGUGCUUCGCCUGUGUCCUCUGCCACCGGCAGCUCGCAACGGGCGAUGAGUUCUACCUCAUGGAGGACGGGAGGCUCGUGUGCAAGGAGGACUACGAGACGGCCAAGCAAAAUGAUGACUCGGAAGCGGGGAGCAAGCGGCCUCGAACCACCAUCACGGCCAAGCAGCUGGAGACGCUGAAAAGCGCCUAUAAGAACUCACCUAAGCCAGCAAGGCACGUGCGGGAGCAGCUGUCUUCCGAGACCGGCUUGGACAUGCGGGUGGUGCAGGUUUGGUUCCAGAAUCGCAGGGCCAAGGAGAAGCGGCUGAAGAAGGAUGCAGGUCGGCACCGCUGGGGCCAGUUUUAUAAGAGUGUGAAGCGCAGCCGAGGUAAACAGGACAAGGAGAGUUCGGCUGAGGACUGCGGGGCCAGUGACAGUGAACUCAGCUUUCGUGAGGAUCAGAUUCUUUCUGAGCUUGGACACACCAACCGGCUCUACGGCAAUGUGGCGGACGUGCCUGCUGGGCAGUUGAUGAACGGGAGCUUCUCCGUGGAUGGGCAGGGACAGCCCUAUCAGGACCUGAGGGAUGGGAGCCCCUACGGGGUCCCCCAGUCCCCCUCCUCCAUCUCAUCCCUGCCCCCGCACGCACCACUGCUCAAUGGGCUGGAUUACACCGUGGACAAUAACUUGGGCAUUGUGGCACAUGCGGGCCCUGGAGUCAGCCAAACGCUGCGAGCCCUGGCAGGGGGCCCCACCUCCGACAUCUCCACGGGGAGCAGCGUGGGUUACCCCGACUUCCCGACCAGCCCUGCCUCCUGGCUCGAUGAGAUGGAGCACCCUCCUUUCUAGGCACCCUUGUCCAGCCCCCCAACUUUCCAUCGCCAAUAAGAGAGAGAGAGAGAGAGAGAGAGAGAGAGAGAGAGAGAGAGAGAGAGAGAGAGAGAGAGAGAGAGAGAGAGAGAGAGAGAGAGAGAGAUGUAUGGGUUGAAUGUCCAAGGCACACCAUUGGCAAGUCCACGAUUUACAGGCCUUAGGACAUCAGAGCUGGCCUUGAUGCUCUUCCUGUGGGGAUC